ACUCCUGCUUGCAGGUCCUGUCCCCUCCCCUUUCCCAAAAGCCCUGCUGGGACUUGGCCACGCUCUGGGCUCACUGCCCCAGGAUGGGCAGCACUGCCUGCCAGCCUGCCUGCAAAGUCUCUCCGGUUACAGAGCAGCUUUCCCUGGAGUGACCUGUCAGUGACGCCGGUGGGAGCAGCAGGCGUGAGCACCAGUUGGGACACACGGCUCUGUCUUGGUGCUGCCAGCCCCCUCCUCACUGCAGCCAUGCCCAUCCUCAAGCAGCUUGUCUCCAACUCUGCCCACUCCAAGCGGCGCUCGCGGGCCGACCUGACGGCCGAGAUGAUCAGCGCGCCGCUGGGGGACUUCCGCCACACCAUGCACGUGGGGCGCGCGGGGGACGCCUUCGGGGACACCUCCUUCCUCACCAGCAAGGCUGGGGAGCCGGGGCCGGAGGUGGGCGAGGAGCUGGGCACCUCCAAACCCAGCCUGCUCUCCCGCCGCUUCCGCAGCAGCAAGCGCUCGCAGUCGGUGACGCGAGGUGACCGGCGGGACAUGCUGGGGUCGCUGCGGGACUCGGCUCUCUUCGUGAAGAACGCCGUGUCCCUGCCCCAGCUCAACGAGAAGGAGGUGGACAGGAGCGCGGGGCAGCUGCCCAAGAGCCUCUCCUCCAGCCCUGUCAAGAAGCUGCCCGAGGAGAUGAGCCCUGAAGAGCAGCAGCGUGCGAACGGGGCGGCCGCCGGGCCACUGAGCCCCGGCUUGGACGAGCGCGACUUUGGGGACAUCACGGAGCUGCCCGUCAUGGUGGCCAAGAGCGGGACGGGCAUGAAGCACGCCGAGUCCAUCAUGUCCUUCCACAUCGAUCUGGGACCCUCCAUGCUCGGGGACGUCCUAAGCAUCAUGGAUAAGGAUCAGUGGGAGCAGGAUGAAGACCCUGAGGAGGAGGAGAGCCGCGAGGAGGAGGCAGAUGCCACCCUGCCCAGCUCCCCAGUGGCUGCAGCAGCCCUGCAGAGCCAGAGCCCAUCCCGUGGCACCAGUGGCCGCUACCCCAGGGACAGCAGUUUGGCAUCCAGCUCCAUCCCUGGGCCACCGAGCCAGCGGGGGGGCCCCCUGAAACGUCCUGACAAAGAGUUCUCGUUCGCUGACGAGGACGACGACGAGAUCAGAGUAUAAAAGGCGGCGGCCAGGCCAAGGAAUCUGGUUCUCAUUUGCAGUUGCUUGGACACGGGGCCGAAUAUCCCGGUGCUGCAACGUGUGGCACCAGGGAAGACUCAACUCCUCACUCGAUCCCUCUCCCUGUCCCACAGUGGAUGUGCCAUGGCAGGACAGUGCUCUGCUCCCGAGGUGGGGACAGCCCCAAAGCCUCUCAGCACCCAGAGAGCUCCAGCACAUCCCAGGAGGGGAAAGCAGACUUGAUUUUGGUUCUUUCUGUUGGACUUUGGAUAUUAGCUCUUUUCCCCUCUGCCUGUGUAAAGCAAUAUAGGAUCAAACGAGACGAGGCUUUGAAGUUUUAGCCCCUUUAGUAAUAUAUAUAUAUUUUUUUCCUGCCGUCUGGUUUUUACUGCUCUCUGAUUUGUACUUAACUUUCUUUACUCUCACUUUUGAUUUUAAUGGAGGAAGGAUUUCCCAUGAGGAAGGACUUGGCUCUGGAGCUCAGAUGCAGCCCCUGGGACUGUGAGCAGCUCCAGCUCCCCAGCUUUCUUAGGGACCUUCUGCAGACUGAGAGCCUCCAGCCCCGUGCUGCAGCAGGGGGUCCCUCCCCGUCCCUCGGUUGGAUGGAUGGAUCCAACCCAGAUGCCCAACAUUCCAAACAGCCUGGGCAUUUCUGGGGUGCUCCCAGGGAUGCCAAUGGCAAUGUGGCUUUGUCCCCCAUGGGAGGGACAUCUGGGCCCCCCAUGAGCCAGGGUGAGCCCUGGUGUCCCCGGGCAGCCCCGUGGCAGGGCUGGUCUGGCAGGGCCGUGCCGGCGGGUGGAAGAGGAGGGUUUUAUACCAUGUAUGUACAAAUGCAAAGAAUAAAAGGAAACAGUAGUGACA